UGUAAAUUGUGAUCUUAGGGGUAGAAGUGGAUAAACAAUACACAAGCUUGCCUCUAUGUUUCCAAUGCAGCCAGGGCAAGGUGGCUAUGGCCAACCUCCAACUGGCCAAGGCUUACCCCCUGCUUUCUUAGGAUCCCAUUUAGGAAAUGGCCAACCCGCUGGUCUUCAUUUCCCCUUUUCUGGGAUGCAAACUCAGGAUGUCCCACCGCUCCCACCGACAAUGCCCACACCCAUUGGGCCGAUGACCCAGACAGACGCACCCCCUCCCCUAUCCUUUGCCGUGGGCCAGCCCCCCCUCUCUGAAUCCUUCACCCCACCGUCCCCACCGCUGGCAGAUUUUGUCUCUCCACCGCGACCCAACCAGGGCACAGAGGGCCGCACCAUCUCACUGCGAGCCAACCACUUCCAGGUGCGCGUGCCUAAGGGUAUUAUCCACCAUUAUGACAUCAGCAUCACGCCAGACAAAUGCCCUCGGCGGGUGAACAGAGAAAUCAUCGACACAAUGGUAACUGCCUAUCAACAAAAGAUCUUUGAAGGUCAAAAGCCUGUGUUUGAUGGGAGGAAAAACAUGUACAGUAGGGAAACGCUUCCAGUGGGAUCCGAGAAGAUUGAGUUAGAAGUGACCUUGCCCGGUGAAGGUCGGGACCGAGUGUUCAAGGUGGCGAUCCGCUACGUGGGUCAGGUCAGCCUGUUCGCUCUGGAGGAAGCCUUGGAAGGUCGCACCCGCCAGAUCCCCAUGGAGGCUGUCCAGGCUCUGGAUGUGGUCAUGAGGCACCUGCCCAGCAAAAUCUAUACUCCUGUCGGCCGCUCCUUCUUCUCCCCGCCUGAGGGCUACAACCAUCCGCUGGGUGGGGGGCGAGAGGUUUGGUUCGGUUUCCACCAGUCCGUCCGUCCGUCCCACUGGAAAAUGAUGCUCAACAUUGAUGUGUCUGCCACUGCCUUCUACAAAGAACAACCGGUGAUUGAGUUCAUGUGCGAGGUGCUGGAAUUGCCAGAUAUCAACGACCAGAAGCGCCCUCUGGCGGAUUCCCAACGAGUCAAGUUCACAAAAGAAAUCAGAGGUCUCAAAGUGGAAAUCACGCACUGUGGAACAAUGAAACGCAAGUACAGAGUGUGCAACGUCACGCGGCGGCCGGCCCAGACACAAUCAUUCCCCUUACAGCUGAACACCGGGCAGACCAUUGAGUGCACAGUGGCUCGCUACUUCAUGGAGAAGCACAAGAUGAAAUUACAACAUCCACAUUUGCCGUGCCUUCAGGUUGGACAAGAACAAAAACACACUUAUCUGCCCUUGGAGGUGUGCAAUGUUGUGGGUGGACAGCGCUGUAUCAAAAAGCUAACAGACUUACAGACAUCGACCAUGAUCAAGGCCACAGCGAGGUCAGCUCCAGACAGAGAGAAAGAAAUUAACAACUUGAUCCGUAAGGCCAACUUCAAUGCAGACCCCUAUCUCCAAACCUUUGGCAUCAGCAUCAACACGCAAAUGAUGGACGUUCAGGGUCGUGUGUUGACGGCUCCCAAGUUGCAAUAUGGUGGACGGACCAAAGCCCAGGCCAUCCCCAACCAGGGCGUGUGGGACAUGAGGGGCAAGCAGUUCUACCAGGGCAUCGAGAUCGUUGUGUGGGCCGUGGCCUGCUUCGCACCUCAGAGGACUGUCAGGGAGGACGCUCUCAGGCCUCGUGUGUUCAGAGAGCCAAUCAUCUUCCUUGGUGCUGACGUGACCCACCCCCCCGCUGGCGACACCCUCAAGCCUUCAAUUGCUGCCGUUGUCGGCAGCAUGGACGCUCACCCCAGUCGCUACUCGGCCACAGUUCGAAUCCAGGAGCACCGGCAGGAGAUCAUCCGCGACCUGGCCACGAUGGUGAAAGACCUGCUUAUCCAGUUCUACCGCUCCACCAGCUUCAAGCCCACCCGGAUCAUCCUCUACCGCGACGGCGUCAGUGAGGGACAGUUCCAAUCCGUGCUGGGGCAUGAACUGCGUGCCAUCCGCGAAGCCUGCAUGAAGCUGGAGGUGGACUACCAGCCGGGCAUCACCUUCAUCGUGGUGCAGAAACGCCACCACACACGGCUGUUCUGCGCCGACCGUCGGGACCACACCGGCCGCAGCGGCAACAUUCCAGCGGGCACCACGGUGGACCAGGGAAUCACGCACCCCACCGAGUUUGACUUUUACCUCUGCUCACACGCAGGCAUACAGGGUACCAGCCGACCGUCACACUACCACGUCCUGUGGGACGACAAUCGCUUCAACGCGGAUGAGCUCCAGAUCCUGACGUACCAGCUGUGCCACACGUACGUGCGCUGCACGCGCUCCGUCUCCAUCCCCGCCCCGGCCUACUACGCACACCUGGUAGCCUUUCGGGCGAGAUAUCAUCUGGUGGAGAAAGAACAUGACAGCGGCGAGGGCUCUCGUCACUCGGACAACAGCGAAGACCGCAACCCCUUGUACCUAGCCAGAGCCGUCAGUGUGCACCAAGAUACACGUCGAGUCAUGUACUAUGCCUGAUUGGCUGGCGCGUGUACUCUGCUCUGCCUAUAGGAAGUGAUCAACACAAUGCCCUGAAAGUAACACAAGAGAUGUUCAUGAGGGUGGGAAAGACAUACUUCUGCAUCCCUUCUCUGACAAGACUGACCUUGGCUCCUGCUGGAAGGGCACAGAGCUGGAAGUGCUGUGCGUGUAUGCAGAUUGAUGCAUAUGUAUCAUGUGCAACUGAGAGUGACGUGCAUAUCUUCUGCUUAGUGUAAGACUGCCCCACUCGCCAUUUUGAAAAGCAGUUGAUAUAUGUGAGAAUGAUAUAUAUAUAUAUAUAUGUGUAUAUCGUGUGCAACUGAAAGUGAUAUGCCUAUGUGAGGGUAAUGUAUACGUAUCAUGUUUAACUGAGAGUGACAUACAUAUCGACUGCUCAGUGUAAGACUGCCGCCCCCCAUGCCAUUUUGAAAAAUAGUCAAUAUAUGCAGAGUGAUGUAUAUAUCUCUGUCAUGUGCAACAGAAAGUGUUGCACAUAUUUGGGAGUGAUGUAUGUGCAUCAUGUGCAAUUAAAAGUGAUGUAUAUAUAUAUAUGUAUACUGUGUGCAACUAAAAGUGAUGUGCCUAUUUGGGAGCGGUGUUUGUGUAUAUCGUGUGCAAUUGAAAGUGAUGUGCAUUUUAAGGAGUACCGUAUGUGCAUCAUGAGCAACUGAGUGUGAUAUAAUGCAUAUGUGGGAGCAAUGUAUGUGUAUCGUUGGCAACUUUUCUCCACUAAUGCUUGAUGGGUCUUGGGGGACUUCUUGGACUGAACUGGCCCAGGAGACAAAGCUGCGAGGGACACUCUCGGAUCUCCACAACAUCACUUACAUCUAUCAAAACCCCAAACAAUCAGAUAAAGGAGAAGAGACAUUGUAAAUUUCAGUUACAUAUCCCCUACUCGAAAGAAGGGUGCUUGCGCUUUGCGAUUAAAAAAAUUUCUCUGUCAGAUCUAUUAACAUUCCGAAACUUUCUCAGCUUCCUGUUUGACAUUUUUCUUUCGUGUGUCUGAUCUGUGCAUUGGUUUUUUGGCUCGACGUAACUCUGUAACUGGGAUAUAUAUAUAUACACACUUCCCAUUCCUGGUGUUAAUUUGCUGGCUUGAAGUCAUUGAACAUGUCUUUCUUUCAGUGCCACUCUUUUUUUUUUCUUUUUUUUUUUUGAGCCUGUGAAAGAUGCAAGCAUGUUCCCUGCUAGAGAAGUGUGGAUCAGUGCGCUUACUAGCCUGAACGGUAUUGCCCACUAGUAGGCAAGUUACAAGUUGUGGUAAUGCUAGGGGAUCACCAGAGCAGUGAGAGGAGUGGGCGGUAGGAAAAUGCUAGCCUCUUAAAGGUAGCACAAGUAGGCACCUGACUUUGCUGUCGUUGUUGAUUGUUGUUGUUGUUGUUGUUGUUAAUCCAAUAGCCUUAGAGUAUGUGCCCUUCGGCACAACCACCGUUGUGUUGGAAAAAGGUGGAGGUCUUAAACAUUUGCUCUUUGCUGCAGUAUAGGGUGCAGCUAUUAUUAUUUUUUCUAAUUCACAACUGCUGGCGAAUAAUGAAUGGCUUUCCAAAAGUAUGGACUGAAGAAAAGAUUUGUGAGUCUUGGCUGCUCAGUUCAUUCAAGGUUAGAGCGUCGUACAUCGACAAAAGAAAAAACUUUCUGGAAGAUUUUUGCAGCUAUAUCAACAACAGUAAAUUUAUGAAAGUCAUCAGGCAAAAGUAGGAGUUCCACGGUCCUUUGUUGUUCUGGUUUUUCCUUGUGAUAUUGCUUUGGUCCAAUGAUGUACUGGGGUCUUAAUAAACUAUUAUUGUGCGUGCAAGUAGGAUGGGUCAAAGCUACCCUUGAUUUUUUAAAGGAUUUGCAUUUAUUGAUUUUCUUUAUUAUAGUUGAGGUGGUUAAAGGAACCCACUGGGAGAUAAGAUAUGAUAAGAGGUCUACUUCUUUCCUGUUCAUCUUUCUUUAUGCAUGUUUUCUUGCUUUUUUUCCCCUCAACACUACAUGUCCAUCCUCAUAUCAAUUUCCUUUUUGAACUACAGAUACGGUUACUGGCGUCUGUGCUGCAGCGGUUAACCCUAUUCGUACAUCGUCUUUUACUUCUAUCAUAUCCGUACGAUGUGGGGAACUCAGUGCCACCACUUUCCAAAGAGGAAAUUUACUCAUUAAUCCGAUCCGUAC